AUGCUCCAGACAGUAUGGUCCCAGGAGCCAGUGACCUUUGAGGAUGUGGCCGUGUACUUCACCCAGAAUCAGUGGGCCAGCCUGGACCCCAUGCAGAGGGCCCUGUACCUAGAGGUGAUGCUGGAGAAUUAUGCAAACAUAACUUCCUUGGCAGCAUUGCCAUUCCCCAAACCAGAUCUGAUACUCCAGCUGGAGCAAGGGGAAGCACCAUGGGGCCUGGAUCCCUGGACACCCCUUGAGAGGGAGGCCCUGGGAGGUGUCCACAUAGGUGGUAAAAACAAGACCGAACGUGAAGAGCAAAGCCCAAGACUAAACAUUUCUAAAGACUCAGGAGCCCAUAGACUGAUGGUGGAGGGGCUGCUCACAGAAGCUCCCCAGCACCCUCACCUUAAGGACAACUUAGGAAGGCCACAGCCAUGUGAUGCAGGGGAGAAAACAAACCAAGGAGGUUUCACGGACUUGCUGGUCCAGGACUACAGAUCCCCCAUCAUCAAAAGGGAGGAGGCAGGCAGGAAGCUGGAAGGAAGCACCAGUGUCAAUACCCACCUCCUGUCAAAGCAGGACCUCCCUGGAGGACCGGCGUUUUAUAAAUGUGGUGAGUGUGGCCGAUAUUUCAGCCAACAUUCAGACCUUUUGCAGCAUCAGAGGAUUCACACUGAUGACAAGCCCUACAAGUGCAGAGAGUGCGGGAAAGCCUUCAGGUAUAACUCAAAACUCUCCCGACACCAGAAAACCCACACCGGGGAGAAGCCUUACUCGUGUCAGGAGUGUGGACAAGCCUUCGGUCAAAAUUCCCACCUCCUUCAGCACCAGAAACUCCACGGUGGAGAGAAGCCCUUCGGAUGUCAGGACUGUGGGAAAACCUUCAGCUACAACUCAAAACUCAUCCGGCAUCAGCGAAUCCACACCGGGGAGAAACCCUUUCAGUGUAAGGACUGUGGGAAGGCUUUCCGGUGUAGCUAUGACCGAAUUGUCCAUGAGCGCACCCACACCGGGGAGAAGCCCUACGAGUGUCAGGAGUGCGGGAAAAGUUUCAGUUCAAAUUCAGUCCUCAUCCAGCACCAGCGCAUCCACACCGGGGAGAAGCCCUACGCAUGUCGGGAGUGCGGGAAGGCCUUCCGCCGGAGCUCCGUGUUUCUCCAGCACCAGAGGCUCCACACAGGGGAGAAGCUCUACAAAUGCAAAGAGUGCUGGAAAACGUUUAGCUGUAGCUCUCGCUUUACAGUGCACCAGCGCAUCCACACCGGGGAGAAGCCCUUUGGCUGCCAGGAGUGUGGGAAGGCCUUCAAUCAGAAGGUCACCCUGGUCCAGCAUCAGCGGCUCCACACCGGGGAGAGGCCUUACGAGUGCAAGGUGUGCGGGAAAACCUUCAAGUGGAGCGCAAGUUUCAUUCAGCACCAGAAGUUACAUGCUCGCAAGAAGGCCACCCAAGUGACAGGGCCAGCCGCGGUUGGGCCCCACUGCCCUGCUUCUGGCCGCCCCCCUCUGCCUGCCCAGCACCAGCGCUUUGCCCCCUCCAGGCCAGUGGGCGCCCCGCCUUCCCCACACCCCGCACUCCUUCCUCCCUCCCUGCCGCUCUUUGUGCUGCUCCCCUCGUCUGAAAUGGCCAGUUCUUCCCCCGUUCAAAUAGUGCAUUUCUUUCAGGAUCUCACUUCCCCUGGGAGCCUGAAUCCUUUGUCCCCCUCCCCAUAA